CAAUAGCAGCUUCGGCGCCACAUAAUGCGGCAUCCCCACCACCCCGCUCAUGGUCCCUCCAUCGCCGACCCAAAGUCCGCGAGCUAGACAUUUUUCUGCAGGCAAAGAAUUCGCGAGAGGCGGGGUGGAAGAAGCUAAAGACGGUGCCGAACCGACUGCGACCGAUCUCCUGGCACAAUUGGAACUGUCCUUUGAGUUGCUUAUACAUUAUUCGGAUCUGGGAAGACGAUGAGUAGCGUGCAUAUUGAUAGAAGGAAGAGAGAGCAAGGAAGAGUUGUCUGAGGACUGAUGGCGAGGGAGAGAUCCGGAGGAAUAUUCGGUGUUGGACAUUGCCAAGUUUCGAUUCUCCUUUGGAGAAAGACAGAAAUUGCUUAGCUGCAGACAUAGGAGGAGACUAGAUUGAUUUCUUAGAUUGGAGGUUGGAGACACAGAACAUGCGGGGAAGGAGACGCGAAGUGCGUGCCAUUUUGCAAUACCGUUCUCACAAGACUCGAACCCACUGGUUAAGCCGCAAUGCGAUCGUUCUCUGGUUCCUUCUGGAUUCUCGUGCUGGUGCCUCUCUCCCUCUCCCCAAUUCUCUACCCCUGCGCCGCGCCUCUUCCAUAACUAUCGUCUGCGGAGCUAGUUGCAAUUUUCAGGGGAAUAGGUUUAAAACAACCCGGAACAGAAUGAAGCAAUCAAAAGAUCCAUUUGAAGCAGCAUUUGAGGAACAAGAGGAUUCACCACCAGAAUCCCCAGUUGAGGCAUUUGAAGAACAAAACCCUAGUGCUGUAGGUGCGCAGGGUACUUCCGCUGGCCAAGAGGAUGACAUCUCGAAUAGUAGUGGCACUAAAACAGCAAUUCAAUUCACUCCAGCUACUAAGUUUCAUUCAGCUGGGCCUAGCGGCAGGCCCAUGACCAAUGUCACUAAGAAUAAAGAUGACGAGGAUGAGGAGGAGGAAGAGAACAUGGAUGUUGAACUUGGCAAGUUCCCAUCAAGUGCUGACCCUGAUAAAAUGGCCAAGAUGCAGGUCAUAUUAUCACGGUUCACUGAAGAACAAAUGAGUAGAUAUGAGUCUUUUCGAAGGGCUGGAUUUCAGAAAGCUAACAUGAAAAGGCAGCUGUUAGCAAGCAUUACUGGAACCCAGAAAAUUUCUGUGCCAAUGACGAUUGUAGUGUCAGGCAUAGCAAAGAUGUUUGUGGGUGAUGUUGUUGAAACAGCUAGAAUAGUUAUGAAAGAGAGGAAAGAAUCUGGGCCAAUCCGGCCUUGCCAUCUGAGGGAAGCAUACAGACGACUAAAGGUUGAAGGAAAAGUCUGCAAGAGAACAGCGUCUAGGCUCUUCCGAUAGAUGGACCAGAUUGCGGAUGUCAUGCGAUUGAAAGCAAAGCUGAAUACUAUAGUUGCGUAAUUACGGUGACGUUUAUUUUCAGCUCUUUCAGGCUGAAAAUUGGUUUGGACAAAUGUGACUUGUGGAUAGAGUAUUGAAGUAAUAUAGCGAAAGGAAAUUUGAUAGUUCUCUGUUGUUGCCCUCCCCUAUUUUUUGUGAUCUUGGUGCCUGGGCUUUUUCCCCCCCUCCCAGACUGUAACCUUUUGAUUUGUAACUAUCCUGAGUAAUCGUAUAUCUCUCUUUACUCUAAAAAUUGAUAGUUCUUCAUUUAAAAAAAGAACAAGAAAAUUCUGAACCU